UCUCUCUCUCUCUAGUCGUGCUUACUCUUUCUCUCUCCUUGUCUCUCUCUCUAAAAAAAGACUACACUUCUUUGAGGUCUCUAAAGGAAACGACAUGGCAGAUGUGCUUAGUGAGGAACAGAUUGUUGAGUUUAAAGAAGCAUUUUGUCUGUUUGACAAGGAUGGAGAUGGUGAGUUUCCUGCUAUCUCCUCAAUUCUUGGUUGCAUUACUAUUGAAGAAUUGGCAACGGUUAUAAGGUCAUUGGAUCAAAACCCAACUGAGGAAGAGCUUCAAGACAUGAUAAGUGAAGUUGACUCUGAUGGAAAUGGGACAAUAGAAUUUGCAGAGUUCUUGAGCUUAAUGGCAAACAAAAUGAAGGAAACUGAUGCCGAGGAGGAACUUAGAGAGGCUUUCAAAGUGUUUGACAAGGACCAGAAUGGAUAUAUUUCUGCUAAUGAGCUGAGGCAUGUCAUGAUCAAUCUUGGGGAGAAAUUAACAGAUGAAGAAGUGGAACAGAUGAUCCGAGAGGCCGAUUUAGACGGUGAUGGUCAAGUGAAUUAUGAUGAAUUUGUCAAGAUGAUGAUGACCAUUGGAUAGAAAUCUACUCACCUUGGUUGAUGAAAAAAAUAUCUUAAUAAAAAAAAUUCAUUCAAUUUCUCCACCCCAUUUUAUUUUACCUUAAAAUAAGUGUUAAUCUUCCUUGUCUUGAUGUUGUUGUUGUAGUAGUAGCCCAUUGAUGUCAAAUAUGACCAUAAGCAUUAGAAUGACUUGA